CCCUUCCAGUUCAUAUUUGAACCCGAAUCAAGUCGUACAUCUCAUUCCGCCGCAUUCAUAAAAGUAGUAAAUCUAUCUAACUUUCGUUAAAAUUUGUUCAAAACUAUACCCAAAGUCGUUUCCUGGCUAUAUUUUCUAUUGAAAAUGCCUCACCUAAAAUGUAUAUUUACCAUUUUGAUGCUGAUGUGUGUCCUGCGAGGCCUGGAAGGAUAUCGCUCCGCCAGGCCCAAUGACUGGCAGGCUGCUUACGAUGAUGAAAACAACAAAUUUUAUGAAGACUCCGAACGUUUAGACAGAAGUCUAUCGGAGGCUGGCGAUCCCAGCCAGGAAGUGGCUAUCGCCGGUGGUAAUGGCAACGUAAACGUAAAUGGAAACGGAAACGGAAACGGAAAUGGCGCCGGCUGCAAUGGCGGCGACGAUGAUCUAGCCAAAUCCUGUAAGACUGGUGCCAAGUGCAGCAUCGCCUCGCUGAACCGCAGCGAGGGCAAGAUGACUGCCUCCGGAUUUGCACAGAAGGCGGCCCAGGAGGCCAAGGCGGCCAGCGAUGCCCAAGUGCCGGCCGCCGAGGCUGCCUCAUUCCAGGCCAAAUGCGAAUUGGCCGGCAAGGCCAUUGAGUCCGCCAAAGGAGCCGAGGCUGUGCUUGCAGGCAAGCAAGAGAUUUUGGAGCAGGCUCGCCUGGAGCUGAUCGAGGCCGAGGCCGAGGUGGCCAGACUCUCGGCAGCGAUGCGUUGCACCCAGGAGAAUGCCGAAUUGGCCGUCAGGGCUGCCCAUGAGCUCCAGGCGGAACUGAAUCAUGUCAAGAAUUUGAUACGCGAGGCAACCAAAAAUGUGGCCAGCAUGCAGUGCGUGGCCAAGGGAGCCCAACAGGAGCUGGUCGAGAAGACCAACAUUUUGAAGGCGGCCAAGUUUCGGGCCGAGAAUCUCAAUCGCCAGCUGGCCGAGGCCAAGGCGGACUUUGACAAGACCAAGAUGUCCGCCUACCGGGCGGUCUGUGCCGCCGUCGAGGCCAAGCAGAAGGCCCAGCGCCCAAGAAGGAUGUCCUGGCUGUAUUCCGGUGAUGACUCCUUUGAUUUCGAUGAUAUGCGAUAGAUGCGCCGCACAGUUAAGGGCGCCCAGCAUGCAUCUCUUCCAACCGGAGGAGAUUCCGUGUUCCUGUUAUGCUUUUGUUUCAAAUCUAUUGUUAUUUCUGUUUCGGUUUUUAAUUGGUUUCCAAACACUCAUAAAGAGGGGGAGAUGCAUGUGUGGGAAA